AUGGCUGUUGAGGCCUUGAAUUCAUUGGGCCUUUCCGGCCCAUAUGACGAUGUCGAGCCCAAAUCCACGAAGCGCCACCGCCGGAGCCAAUCGGACGAGGAGUACCUCGCCGCCUGCCUCGUCAUGCUCGCCCGCGGCGGCGCCGCCACCUUCGCCGCAGAUCGGGAGCCCUCCGCCGCAGCUCCGCCGCUGCCGCCUCCGGCGGCGGCUCUCCCCGGCACGCACGCCUGCAGCGUGUGCGGGAAGGCCUUCCCGUCGUACCAGGCGCUCGGCGGCCACAAGGCCAGCCACCGGGUCAAAUCGCCGGCGGACGGCGCCGCCGCCGCAGUCGCCGGACACGUGGCGCCGCUGAACCCGAGCGGGCGACUACACGAGUGCUCCAUCUGCGGCAAGGCGUUCCCCACCGGACAAGCGCUGGGAGGGCACAAGAGGAGGCACUAUGAGGGGGUGAUCGGCGGCGGCGGGGCCGCCAGGAGCCGGACCACCUCGUCGAACGGCGGCGGCGGCGGAGAUCGGGGGACGGCGGGUGUGGCAAGGAACAUAGACCUGAACCUGCCGCCGUCUUCGCCGGAAUCAAGGGGCGACGAAGAAGUGGAAAGUGGUGCCCUGCGUUUGGGAUAUUAG